GCUACGGGGUAAACAGCAGAAUUCGUUUCAGUUUGAAGUUCAAACAUGUAAUCCAAGGAUUUUUUUGGGGGGAAAGGCGGACUAUUUCUUCAAGAAAGCAGAAACCAAAGCCUUCUAGGAUCUCAAGACCAUCAUUUACUAUGCUUUGUUCAAUAUCCUGCUGACUAAGCAGCUUAUUUGCCUCUGCGGUUUUCUGAGCUGACAUUUGCAGAUCCGCUGUUAAGGACUCAACUGAAAGCCACUUCUGAAGCCAUCAGCCCGAUGGUAAAAUGGUGACUUUUCUUGCUGCUUAUGUUUUAUUAAACUUUGCACCCCUGUUGGUGCUCAGUGUUCCUCCCAUUUGGACCCAACCGGAGCAGGUGCAUCUCUCCUAUGCUGGUAUACCAGGCUCUAUGGUGGUGACUUGGACCACCUUCAAUAAAACAGACAGCAUGGUGGAAUAUGGUCUUCAGGGUGGUCGGCUGUUUGAGAUGAGUGCCAAAGGAGAUGCUACCAUUUUUGUGGACUCGGGAGAAGAGAAGCGGAAGAUGUUCAUCCACAGAGUUACCCUUACAGGCCUCAAACCUGCUGCUACGUAUGUCUACCAUUGUGGAAGUGAUGAAGGUUGGAGCGACAUAUUUUCUUUCACUGCUCUCAACAGCAGCUUUAGUUUCAGUCCCAGGUUUGCUCUCUAUGGUGAUCUGGGCAAUGAGAAUCCUCAGUCUCUGGCUCGACUGCAAAAAGAAACUCAGCUUGGCAUGUAUGAUGUCAUCCUUCACAUAGGGGACUUUGCCUACGAUAUGCAUGAGGACAAUGCACGAAUUGGAGAUGAGUUCAUGAGGCAGAUUCAGUCCAUUGCAGCCUAUGUCCCCUACAUGACCUGUCCUGGAAACCAUGAAGCAACAUACAACUUUUCAAACUACAGGAAUCGCUUCAGCAUGCCAGGCCAAACUGAAAGCCUAUGGUACAGUUGGAACCUGGGCUCGGCACACAUCAUCUCCUUCUCCACAGAAGUUUAUUUCUACCUCGAGUAUGGGAUGGAUCUUAUUUUCAAGCAGUACAAUUGGCUGAAGGAUGAUCUGGAGGAAGCUAACAAGCCAGAGAACAGAGCCAAGCGUCCAUGGAUCAUCACCAUGGGACACAGACCCAUGUACUGCUCUGAUGACGACCAGGAUGACUGUACUAAGUAUGACUCCUGGGUCAGAGUGGGACGGACGGAUAUCAAACCACCAGCUCCUGGUCUUGAGGAUCUAUUUUAUCAAUAUGGGGUAGAUCUAGAGUUGUGGGCACAUGAACACACCUAUGAAAGACUCUGGCCUGUCUAUGGGGACAAGGUGUACAAUGGAAGCAAAGAGCAGCCCUAUGUAAACCCAAAGGCUCCAGUACAUAUAAUCACAGGCUCUGCUGGCUGCAGAGAGAGGACUGACAGGUUCAAUCCAAACCCAAAGGAGUGGAGCGCUUUCCGCAGCACUGAUUAUGGGUACAGCCGCAUGCAAGUGGUUAACGCCACCCACAUUUAUUUGGAGCAGGUCUCCGAUGACCAGUAUGGUAAAGUGAUCGACAGCACAUGGGUGGUGAAAGAAAAACAUGGUUUCUCUUCCUGGCUGUAAGGAAUGUCCGUAAAGAUGAUUUUCAACUGAACAAAUUUUUAGGUUCAUCCAAAAUACAAUCUCCAUAUGAGAAUCUACUGUAAAUGUAUUAUUCCAACCAUGUACUCAAUAUUUAUAAUAAUUGUAGACAGUCUAGCAAACCUUGCAAGCACAAAGAGCCAUUCCUUUCAGAGGUAAUAGUCUUCUUUAAAAAUCUGUAAACAGUUUAACUGCUAGAUGGAGUCUUUUCAGGCUGAUCAAGAUUACAGAACUCUGUGUUGAUGUCCAUCUUUGUGGCCAUCAGAAUCUGAGACAAAUUAAUGUCUGUUUCUGCCUUAAAUUGCAGUUAUAUAACUCAGGGAUGCUUGUGGCUGCGCCCAUGCAGAGACUGCAUGGCAGCAAGUUGUAUUGAUUUAUAGUAAGACUUAGCAGAUUCUUAUCAAUGCUGGAAUACAACCACAAUAGAUCUACACACGUUUUCAGAUUGUGAUCUCUUCAUUAGUGCCAGAGUACAAACAACUUUCUGCAAAACUGUGUUGACACAGCAUAGCAUACACACAAAACCACUGAUCUGUUAUAAUAAACUUUGGUUAACAUACAUCAUAAUAACUGGACGUUUUUAGCUAAAGCACAUGCUGUAUGAUAUAAGUCUGUACUGUAAUUUCAACCGCAAAAUAACAGAGCACAAAGCACAAUUUUUCACCUAAAUGAUGGAACAAAACAUGAAAACUUACAGCAGCUUGCACAAAGUGUCAAAACAACUUCAGAAGCUCUACAUUCUUGUAGAAAAUACACACGGGGCCGAGGACCGGAGCUAUGUCUGUAACUAACCACAGAUUUGUUGAACUUUCCUCUGAUGUUAACAUCCUGCAGUGCAGCGGUCUGGACAGAGAGAAAGACACAAGUAAUCACACCUCAUAUUGAAAGAUUUCUGCUGUGUGUGCCCAGUGUAUGAUUAUACAAGUGUUUUUGCAGACAAAAACCUGCCUUUAUGUGUACCUAACCUCUGCCCUAUGCCUGCUUAAUAUUGUUGUACCACAGCGGGCGAGAGCCAAAGGAACAAAAGGCUGCACAGGCCAAAUAGGAGCUGAAGAUGGUUUUAUGUCCCAUACAGGGUUUUCCAUGUGGGCCAAAAAGUUAAACUUGUGUCUCUACUUGACCCAUAGGACCUCGUCUCAUGCUUUUUACUUUCCUUUACAUGGCUUAUGGCAAAACUCAAAACAGGAGCUAUAAUAGCUUUAUUUAGACACUGGCUUUAUUGCUUCACCAUUCAACCAGAUGUGUGGAAUGCAUUACUCCACCUGAGCUGCAGAACUCUGCUAAUGGAAGGCAAUGUCCUGGUAGGCUGGGAGGUCUUCCAUACCCUUAGUAUUCUUGCAUGAUGGAUUGAGAAAUCUCCAUCAAAUGGUGAGGUAUCUUUUUAUAAGCUAGCCAUGUUUUAAAUGUCUCAAUAUUCCAGAAAUGCAUUUCUUAUUAAUGUUAUCUACUGUAGCAAACAUCUCAGAUCUUCACAGAUUAGCUGUAUUAAUGCUGAGAUUAAAUUACAGACAGAUAGCAUCAGUUUAAGGAUAAUACAAAAACUACUGGAGAGUAGUUACUAUAGAAAGUGCAAGUGUUUAAAAACCAUGCUGUGCAUAUUUCUCAUCAUGACAUUCUUUCUGCAUGCAAAGCAGGGCUAGAAGACCAAGUACUGCAGUUGCUUGAACUUUACUCUGUCUGGUGCAAAUCUGUGCUUUUUUUGUGACACUUGCAUGUCCCAUCUGUGGAUGUGCCUUCUUCAGCUUGCUCUAUCAAUCAAAAACAAACUUAGCUUUGUUUAUAACCAAUAUAAUUGGUUAUAAUGAUCUCUUGAAUCUGAUUGGAUUGCUCUGAAAUCAACUGGUUUGAUUUAAGCUAAUUUUGACUGUGUAACUUCAAAUAAAUUGGACAUGAA